AUGCUUUCGAACGUUUUAUCAUCAAAAUCAAUACGGGCUUUAUCGACUGUCUAUCGGUACGUCAGUUAUUCUGCUGUGUUAUGGGAGCCAACGACUGCAUCGCCGUUCGAUAGCGUCGAGUAUUGGGUUUUCGCGGAAAACGGCGAAACCGUCAAACGUUCCCCCGUCCCCGCCGCUCCCCAACCCGCCUUCGGCGUAGUGGCGCCGCGUCAGAGGCGAGCGUAUAAAAGCCAUCCGCGCCCCUCCACUUCAACUCAGACGCAUGGAGUACUCCGUAGAGGUCGUUUGGCACGAGCGAGCGCUUUGCUAGGCACCUGCCGGCCAUCAUUCACGAUAACAUUCUAG